AAUGAAGACGAGAUUAAGAGUCUUCCGGGUCUUUCGGAUCCAAUUAAUUUCAAACAAUAUUCCGGUUAUUUAGAUAUCGGCGACGGAAAGCAUUACUUCUAUUGGUUGGCUGGGAGUCAGACGGCGCCGGAGAGCGCACCGGUAGUGUUGUGGUUGAAUGGAGGGCCCGGUUGUAGUUCACUGUUUGGAAACCUCGGAGAGAACGGACCCUUUCGAGUCAAUUCAGACGGAAAGACAUUGACAUUAAACCCGAACUCUUGGAAUUCAGUGGCGAAUGUUGUUUACUUUGAAUCACCCGUUAGUGUCGGCUUCAGUUAUAAAGACGAUAAAGAGUAUUAUAAUACGGAUCAGUCGACAGCAGUUGACAAUCAUUUAGCUCUCGAAGCGUUUUUCAAGAAAUACCCAAACCUUAAGAAAAAUCCGUUUUAUAUAACGGGUGUUGCAAUUGGGAAUGGAUUUCUAGACUUGGGAACACUCGGCGGUCAACACAGCAAUGACCUAUUCUUAGGCCACGGAUUCAUUACAACUGAUUACUACGAGAAGAAAAUUGAAAAUUGUUGUCAAUGCAAAACAGGACAGGUUUUACACGAAUGUGAUUUUGAUAAAGCCAUCAAUUAUACAAAGUGUUCAUCGGUGCCAUACGAGGGAAGUUUCUCUCCCAACCCGUACAACAUAUACGAUGAUUGCGAUCCCAGUUCUGCAUACAUAAGACUUUAUAACAAAUACUACGCAAAGAAAAGCAAUCGUCCGCCGAUUAUAGCAUCCAAUCGUGACAAAGACUGUCCACACAAUGGCUACGAAGACUACUUGAAUGUACCCGAAGUAAGGAAAGCAUUACACGUAAGACCUGAGGACACCCACGAGUGGUAUGAUUGUGGCGGCAGUUAUUCCGGGUCUCCCACCGAUCAGCACCAAACUGUUCACCAAUUAUUAGAUGUCUAUAAAAUGGGAAAACUAGUCAUAUUUAAUGGAAACUUUGAUUCGGUUUGCGAUCACAUCGCGAAUCAACGUUUUGUCGAUAGUUUGAAUCUACGAAAACUCAUAUUUGCUGCAAAUGAAGACGAGAUUAAGAGUCUUCCGGGUCUUUCGGAUCCAAUUAAUUUCAAACAAUAUUCCGGUUAUUUAGAUAUCGGCGACGGAAAGCAUUACUUCUAUUGGUUGGCUGAGAGUCAGACGGCGCCGGAGAGCGCACCGGUAGUGUUGUGGUUGAAUGGAGGGCCCGGUUGUAGUUCACUGUUUGGAAACCUGGGAGAGAACGGACCCUUUCGAGUCAAUUCAGACGGAAAGACAUUGACAUUAAACCCGAGCUCUUGGAAUUCAGUGGCGAAUGUGGUUUACUUUGAAUCACCCGUUAGUGUCGGCUUCAUAUUUGCUGCAAAUGAAGACGAGAUUAAGAGUCUUCCGGGUCUUUCGGAUCCAAUUAAUUUCAAACAAUAUUCCGGUUAUUUAGAUAUCGGCGACGGAAAGCAUUACUUCUAUUGGUUGGCUGAGAGUCAGACGGCGCCGGAGAGCGCACCGGUAGUGUUGUGGUUGAAUGGAGGGCCCGGUUGUAGUUCACUGUUUGGAAACCUGGGAGAGAACGGACCCUUUCGAGUCAAUUCAGACGGAAAGACAUUGACAUUAAACCCGAGCUCUUGGAAUUCAGUGGCGAAUGUGGUUUACUUUGAAUCACCCGUUAGUGUCGGCUUCAGUUAUAAAGAGGACAAGAAGUAUAACAAUACGGAUCAGUCGACAGCAGUUGACAAUCAUUUAGCUCUCGAAGCGUUUUUCAAGAAAUUUCCGGAUCUAAAGAAAAAUCCAUUUUAUAUUUCUGGCGAAAGUUAUGCCGGAAUUUAUAUACCAAUGUUAGCGCAACAGAUAUUCAAAACCAAAUCCACAAUUAAUCUAAAAGGCGUAUUGAUAGGCAACGGGUACUUAGAUUUAGAAACAUUGGACGGACAGCAUAGCUAUGAUCUAAGUGUUGGUCACGGAAUGCUUACCACUGAGUCCUAUGAGAAUCUCAUUGAAAACUGUUGUGAGUGUAAGACUGGAGAAGUGAUGCACGCAUACGAUUUUACCAAGCCACCUAAUAAAACAAAAUGUAAUUCAGUAGACGUUCAGUUUGCGAGCGGUCCUAAUCCAUAUAACAUGUACGAUGACUGCGAUCCGUCCGCCGCUUACGUCCACAUCUAUAACAAACAUUACGCCAAAGCACUCAAUAGACCGCCGAUGAAACUCAAUGCUAAUGACAAUGAAAAGUGUCCACACAAUGGAUACACUGAAUGGCUUAAUGUACCGGAAGUCCGCAAAGCAUUGCACGUAAGGCCUGAAGACACUCACACAUGGAGUGAUUGCGGCGGAGAUUACAACGAUUUUGGUCGCGACCAACAGUCGACUGUCACUGAAUUGUUAGACGUCUAUAAAAUUGAAAAACUCGUUAUAUUUAACGGAAACUUUGAUACAGUUUGCGAUCACAUCGCGAAUCAACGCUUUAUUGAUAGAUUAAAUCUGAAAAAAGUUGGUCACUAUAGUUCGUGGAAAACUCCGGACGGAUUCGCCGGCGGUUAUGUCCAACACUACGAGAAGAACCUGAGCUUUGUGUUGGUUCGCGGGGCCGGACAUAUGGUUCCUCACGACAAACCCGAGGCCGCACUUCAGAUGCUUAAGAAUAUAUAUGGCCCUUCCCUUCACCAUAAAGCCGAGGCUCACUUCACAAAUGAGAUUAAGAAUCUUCCGGGUCUUUUGGAUCCAAUAAAUUUCAAACAAUAUUCCGGUUAUUUAGAUAUCGGCGACGGAAAGCAUUACUUCUAUUGGUUGACUGAGAGUCAGACGGCGCCAGAGAGCGCACCGGUAGUGUUGUGGUUGAAUGGAGGGCCCGGUUGUAGUUCACUGUUUGGAAACCUGGGAGAGAACGGACCCUUUCGAGUCAAUCCAGACGGAAAGACAUUGGCAUUGAACCCAAGCUCUUGGAAUUCAGUGGCAAAUAUGGUUUACUUUGAAUCACCCGUUAGUGUCGGCUUCAGUUAUAAAGAAGACAAACAAUACCACAAUAACGAUAAGUCGACAGCAGUUGACAAUCAUUUAGCUCUCGAAGCUUUUUUCAAGAAAUACCCAAACCUUAAGAAGAACCCGUUUUACAUAACCGGCGAGAGUUAUGCCGGCAUUUAUAUACCAAUGUUAGCGCACGAAAUAUUUAGCAACAAUUCGACUAUCAAUUUGAAAGGUGUAGCGAUUGGGAACGGAGUGUUAGGACCGGCACCACUCACUGACAUGUCUACCGUUGACUUGAGUUUGUCUCACGGAUGGGUUACCGUCGAGUCUUACACCAAAAAGAUUGAGAAUUGCUGUGAAUGUAAGACCGGAGAUGUGAGACAUGAAUGCGAUUUCUAUCAUCCAGCAAACAGCACUAAAUGCAAUUCGGUUCGACUCGAAGAAGUUUAUAAUCCCAACCCAUACAACCAAUACGAUGAUUGUGGUGCAGAUGUCGCUUAUUUGAGGCUUUAUAACAAAUACUUCGCAAAGCGGGCCAACACUGUGGCCAUCAGUGAAGAGCGUAACUUAGUUUGUCCUCCGGUUGGAUACGAUAAAUGGAUUAAUAUUCCCGAAGUUCGUAACGCAUUGCACGUCAGGCCUGAAGACACUCACCAUUGGUACGACUGCGGCGGCUCUUACUCUGGACGAGACACCGAUCAGCGACCGAUUAUACUUGAUUUGAUUGAUAAAUACCAUAUUGAAAAACUGGUCAUUUUCAAUGGUAACUUUGACACCGUUUGCGAUUUCAUUGAUAAUCAACGGUUUGUCGACAGUCUUAAGUUUAAGAAAAUUGGAGAAUAUAGUGGUUGGCGAACAUCUGACGGAACUUUGGCUGGUUUUGCCCAAAAAUACGAGAAGAACCUAAGCUUUGUGUUGGUUCGCGGGGCCGGACAUAUGGUCCCACACGACAAACCCGAGUCCGCACUGCAGUUAAUAAAGAAUGUAAUCGGAAAUGGCUUUUAA